GCAAAGCAGAAACGCCUCCAGCGGGAAGACUCUGGUCACCGUCCUCACCCCUCCUUCCCUCUCCCUCCCCUCCGGGGACCACCAGGCGCCACCCCGCGAACGUAAUAGCUCUUCAAGUCUGCAAUAAAAAAUGGCCUCCAAUAAAACCACAUUGCAAAAAAUGGGAAAGAAGCAAAAUGGAAAAAGUAAAAAAGUCGAAGAGGCAGAGCCUGAAGAAUUUGUGGUGGAAAAAGUACUGGACCGACGCGUCGUGAAUGGGAAGGUGGAAUAUUUCCUGAAGUGGAAGGGGUUCACAGAUGCUGACAAUACUUGGGAACCUGAAGAAAAUUUAGAUUGUCCAGAGUUAAUUGAAGCAUUUCUAAAUUCUCAAAAAGCUGGUAAAGAAAAAGAUGGUACAAAAAGAAAAUCUUUAUCCGACAGUGAGUCUGAUGAUAGCAAAUCAAAGAAGAAAAGAGAUGCUGCUGACAAACCAAGAGGCUUUGCCAGAGGUCUUGAUCCUGAACGAAUAAUUGGUGCCACAGACAGCAGUGGAGAAUUAAUGUUCCUCAUGAAGUGGAAAGAUUCAGAUGAGGCAGAUUUGGUGCUGGCAAAAGAGGCAAAUAUGAAGUGUCCUCAAAUUGUAAUUGCUUUUUAUGAAGAGAGACUAACUUGGCAUUCUUGUCCGGAAGACGAAGCCCAAUAAUUGUUUGCAUUGCUUUUUAUAUAUAUUUAUAUAUUAGUGUGAAGAAAUAACUACAUUCUAAUGAAAAUCAAGUUUGACAUGUUUGUUUUGAAGUAGUAUUGGGGGAGUUGUUGGGGGGUGGUUUUGCAUCUAUAACACUGGUUACUUUGAACAAAAGCUUUCUGUAGUUGCUUUCUUUAUCAGAAAAGAAUAUUUGAUACCAUGGUAUACUUUUUCCUCUGCAUUAGAAAAGUCUUUCUAAAUGUUAGGGGAAAUCUCCAUUGUCAUUACUCAGUCAGAAUUUGAGUUUAACUCACGUAUGCCUAGGAGGGAUCAUCCUGGGUUUUAUUUUAUUUGGGGAUUUUUGGUGUGUAUACAUACAACAUAUGUAAACGGUUUUCUUUUUUUUUUUUUUCUUUUUCUUUUUUUUUUUUAAACGUUUACCAAAACAAAAACAGCAUUUCACGACCAUGGAUUAAGUCCACUUUUCUGGAAUGUCAUCGUUUUCAGCAACCUGAGAAACAAAUCACUUCAAGUUAAAUUGAAAUUUCCCCCAAAGCUUUAUCCUUUGAAAUUAAAUAGAUAAUUUGUAAUUAAUUGGGCGAUUUAAAUAUGAUAAGCAGUUAAAAUUGGACAAUUUAAAAGCAGCCCUAUCAGACUCCAUAUCUGCAAUCAUAUAAAUUCAAAUUUAAUUUGCAAAACCCCCCUUUUAAAAGGAAAUUUUGUCACUACCAACCUCCCACCUAAAUGAGAAAACUAGGCAAAUCCUGGUGUGUUUUAAUUAGGCAAAUAAGACUUAUUUAAAGGUUCCUCCUAGUGAACCAUUCCUUUACAAAAUAUUGAAAUCCUUGUGCUAUAUUGACUAAAAGGUCAGGAUUCAUGGAAUGUGUAUAAGACUUUGUUCAUGGAACGAAGGGUAGAGAUGGUUAGAGACUUGGCAGUUUAGGACCUGCUGGAAUAAAUGGGUGAACAAACUUUUGUAAUCUAAA